AUGCUGCCGAAGCGGCAGCGGCUCGAGGGAGAAGGGCCCCCGAGCCCUGGGUGUAGGUCGCGCUGCAGCAGCAAUAGCAGCAAUAGCAGCAACACUGCAGCAGCAGCAACAGCAGCAGCAGCAGCAGCGGCAGAGGCAGCGGGCCCCUACCCUGUAAAUCUGAGUCUUCCUCCCUUAGUCCUUCGAUCGCUUCCGCAGCAGCAGCAGCAGCAGCAGCAGCAGCAGCAGCAGGAGCAGGAGAGGCUGCUGCCUGUAGCAGCAGCACGGCUACCGGUGCCUCCUCUUCCUCCUGUUAUAUCUGUACCUGCUUUAGUUCGGGCUCGUCAUGCAGAAGUUGCUGCGCUGCUGCAGCAGCUGCAGCAGCUCCCAAACCGCUAUCAGCAGCAGCGACAGCAGCAGCAGCAGCAGCAGCGCAACCACCGACAGCAGCAGCAGCAAAAACAGCUCUCAAAGCGUCAGAAAAAGGCUCAGAAUGCUGCAGCAGCAUCAACAACAGCAGCAGCAGCAGCACCUGCUGCUGCUGCUGCGGGCCCCUCAUCAGCAGGCGACCCACCAGCAGCACCAGCACCAGCAGCAUCCGACGCAGCAGCAGCAGCAGCAAAGACAGGGCCUUGCAGGCGAGCCUUUCAGAAGCUUCCUGUGUACAUGAGGCGGCGCUGCAUGUCUUAUAACCCCUUCAGAGUCCCCCGCAGAAGAAGACAUCCGAUACUCGCAGAAAUGGCUAAGACACCCCCGAAGCCUGCAGCAGCAAAACGUUCGCGUCGGCAGCAACGAAGGCUGGCGGAGCUGCUGAAGGAGCGAACGGCGCCCCACAGCAGCAGCAGCAGCAGCAGCAGCAGCAUCAGCAGCAGGAAGCUGCGUUGGCUGCAGACACACCUCUUUCACGUUAGACGCUUCCGCAUGCUGCCCCUGUGGGGCUUUAACCUGCCUAUACACCCUACGCAGCGCAUGCAGCGGCGUCUGCUGCGGGCUGUUCGGCAGCUAGCUACGAUUCAUGAUGCUUCUUAUUACUGUAUUAUAGAGCUACAGGGGCCCCUUGUGCUGCUGCUGCUGCUGCUGAGGCGCUGCGGAGCAGAUGCUGCACUCCUCAGCAACAAAGCUGUACGCGCAGGUGCCCAGCAAGGCCGCAUGCUGCUGCUGCAGCAGCAGCAACAUCAGCAGCAGCAGCAGCAGCAGCAGCACAAAGCUGCCCUCAUCGCACCUUGCGAUUUCUUUUUUAAGGCUGCUGCUGCAGAUGAAGCUACAAGAACCGUCUGGGUGAUUGUACAUCCUGCAGCAGCAGCAGCAGCAAAAGCAGCACUUGCUGCAGCAGCAGAAGCCUUGCGCCCACCGGGCUGCUGCUGUCCCCCCGCUGCAUCUCUAGCAGCAGCAGCAGCAGCAGCAGAAGCAGCAGAAGCAGCAGAAGCAGCAGCAGCAGCAGGCUGUACAUGCGGGCUUGGGGUGUAUGUACACCAGAUCACAGGCAUCGCUCGCUUUGAGUUGAGGGGCCCCCGCUCCCUGAGGGCCCUGGGCCUUGCCUUGAAGGCACACGAGUUUAUGUGCGGCAGCUGCCCCCCGCUACCUGGCGGCUGUCUCCUCAGCUUGGAGACAGCGUCUCCGUCCUUGCUAGGGCCCUUUCCCCCGCGAAGCAGGCGGCUGCUGCGUCGUGCUGCUGCUGCUGCUGCUGCUGGUGCUGCUGGUGCUGCAGGCGCAGGAACGGACGCAGCAGCAGCAACAGCAGCAACAACAGCGGGAACAGCAGCUGCAGCUGCAGCAGCCAAGAUGACACCCAAGGCUGCUGUUGCUGCUGCUGUUGCAGCAGGCAGGGCUCUACCCCCUCCUGCUGCUUCCCGUCUGUUCUGUCCUGCUGCUGUUGCUGCUGCUGCUGCUGCUGCUCCUUGGAAGGUCGCGACACGCAGCAGGAAGAGGCCGGCUAUAAGGGCUUUGCUGCAGCGGCUGCAGCAGCGCAGCGAGCAGCUGCAGCGGGAGAAGCAGCAGCAACAGAAACAGCAACAAAAGCAGCAGCAACAAAAGCAGCAACCGCAGCAGCAGAAGCAGCAAAAACAAAACGAACAACCACUGCUGCUGCAGCUGCUGCAGCAACGACCCAAACACCAGCUGGGUGCAGCAACAGAAAUCAGAGGAGCAGAAAGAAGAAAAACAGCAGACACGCCUGCAGCAGCAGCAGCAGCAGCUGCUGCUGCUGCUGCUGGGUCGGUGAGUGCUGCAGCAGUUGAUGAAGAGGAAGACUUUGGGUGUCUGCUUCCUCUUGCUGCUCCUGAAGCUGACGCGGAGGCAGCAGCAGCAGCAGCAGCGGCUGCUGCUGCUGCUGCUGCUAUUGUGGGUGUAGAUCCGGCGUCUGCUGCAGCUGCUGUUGCUGCGGCCAGCCCACCAAGUGCAGACUUGUGUCUUCCUUCUGCAGCAGCAGCAGCAGCGGCUGCUGCUGCUGCUGCUGCCACCGGCUCACCGACAGCAGCAACAGGACCAGCAGCAGGAGCAGCAGCAACAGCAGCAGCACCGGCAGCAGCAGCAGCAGCAAAACGAACAACAGUUCCUGUGCUGCUGAUUGCUCACGGUGGUUUUGGCGGGGAAGGAGCAUCAGGGUUUCUGGGGCCCCACAGGGGAAGCAGCAGCAGCAGCAGCAGCAGCAGCAGCAGCAGCAGCAGAGGUAGCAGCAGCAACAGCAGCAACGGGUUUGAUUUGCUGCUGCCAGCAGGAGUCGGUGCUGCAAGACUGUUUGUGCUGCUGUGUAGAUUGGGUGUAUAUCCCAUAGGGAUUCGAGACAGAAGGAAGCAGCUGCUGGAGGUGAGCAGCAGCAGGUGCAGCAGCAGCAGCAGCAGCAGCAGCAGCGACUUCCCCUUCGGCUACCCGGAUACUGCAGCAGGUACGCAUGCAGCUCUUUGCUGCGCCUGGCAGCAAGAGCUGCUGCACCUUCGAAGGCCCCCUAACUGCCGCAGCAGCUUUGCUGCUCUAGGAACUACGUGUCCCUUCUUACCUCUGUGGAGACAGCUGCAGCACUUGCCCCUCCAGCUGCAGCAGCAGCAGCAGCAGCAGCAGCAGCAGCGGGUGCAGGGGGAAGGGAGACAGCAAGAUCAAGGUGAGAGAGCAGCAGUGCUGCAGAAAGGAGACAGACCGCAGCGAAGUGAAGAGACAGCAGAAGAGAGUUUGCUGCUGCAGCAGGCUGUUGUUGUUGCGGUAGGAGCAAGCAAACAGCAGCAGCAGCAGCAGCUGCUGCUGCAGCAGCUGCAGCAGCAGCAGCGGAGUCGUCUGUAUGGCCCCUCUUGCUUCCUGCCUCCUCGUCUGCUGCCGCUGCUGCUGCCUCCGCAGCAACCCAACAGACGCGAGACGAAUCAGCAGCAGCAGACAGCAGCAAAUCUGCUGGUACCCCCUAUGCCGCAGCCUCCGAUUGAUUUGCUGCAGCAGCUGCCGCAGCUGCUGCUGCCUCCCCCUGCUGUACGCAUGCUGCCUGUGCAGCUGCUGCGCCUCUCGCUCUUCUUGCAGCAGUUCCGAAAGCAACAGCAGCAGCAGCAGCAGCAGCAGCAGCCGCAGCAGCAGCUGCAGGUUCUGCUGCAAGCAGCACGAAAAGAAAGAAGUAUGGGUUGUGCUGAUGAGCUGCCUUUGGUGUUCCUCUGGGCGCUGCAGCAGCUGCUGCUGCCUCCUCAGGCAGCAUCGGAGACCAACAUCAGCAGCAGCAGCAGCAGCAGCAGCAGCAGCAGCAGCGGCGGCUGGGGUCGGAAGCAGAGGAAGAGGGUUGCUGCUGCAGUUGUUGCUGCUGCUGCUUAUCUAGCAGAGCGUCAUGCGCUGCUGCCUAUACACCUGACAGCCAACGACAGAGGAGUCCCCUUAGAGCGCAACCAUCUCUUUGCUGUCUCCUUGACUGACCUCCGUCUCUUCUUUCAAGCAUAUCCUGCUACACCGUCGGCGAAGGAAGCCUUGCCUUGUGUCUCCUCAGCCCCACACCUCAGGCCUGCACUUAUGCCUCUGCUGCAGUGCAGCAGCAGCAGCAGCAGCAGCAGCAACGGCAGCAGCAGCAGUAAGAGCAGCAGCAGCAGCAAGAGCAGCAGCAGCAACGGUGGAGGAUUAGCCUUGCAGCUGGUGGAGCCUCCGCACAGGCAUGCAUGCAGACGCCGUUUGCUGCGUCUGCAGCAGCAGCAACAACAGCAGCAAGAGCAGCAACAGCAGCAGCAGCAUAAAGGGAGAGGAGGAGGCCGAGCGCGAAGGCAACAACAGAAGAAGCCUUCUGUGUCUCUGCAUGCAGCCACAGCAGCUGCUGCUGCUGCUGCUCCCGGUGCUGCUGCUGCUGCCUCUCCUGCUCCAGCUGCUGCUGUUGCUGCUGCUCCCGCUGCUGCUGCUGCUGCCGCUGCUGCUGCUGUGUUCCCAGGCAAGACCCCUCAAGCGUGCAGACCCCUUGUCGGUUUUGUUGUUGCUGGAGGCGUCUCCUUCUAUCGAGGCUGCGGCUGCGGUAGGGGCCUCGUCUCUGCUGCUGCUUUUCUUGCUGCUGCACUGCAGCAGCUGCAGGUCCUUGCUGACGGGCCGACGCCUUGGGUCCCUUCUCCUCUGGCAGGGCCUACGAAUUUAUCUCUUUUAUUUUUUAGUCGCAACAUUCAAGAUAAGACGUACAGACCAGGCAAGUUAAACCCUAAACCCUAA